AUGAUAGAAGUACUGACAACUGAAUCUCAGAAAUUGCUACACCAGCUGAAUGCCCUAUUGGAACAGGAGUCCAGAUGUCAGCCAAAGGUCUGCAGCUUGAGACUAAUUGAAUCUGCACACGAUAAUGGCCUCAGAAUGACUGCAAGACUAAGGGACUUUGAAGUAAAAGAUCUUCUUAGUCUAACUCAGUUCUUUGGCUUUGACACGGAGACAUUUUCUCUAGCUGUGAAUUUACUGGACAGAUUCCUGUCCAAAAUGAAGGUACAGCCCAAGCACCUUGGCUGUGUUGGGCUGAGCUGCUUCUAUUUGGCUGUUAAAUCAAUAGAAGAGGAAAGGAAUGUCCCAUUGGCAACUGACUUGAUCCGAAUAAGCCAGUAUAGGUUCACGGUUUCAAACUUGAUGAGAAUGGAAAAGAUUAUAUUGGAGAAAGUGUGUUGAAAAGUCAAAGCUACUACUGCCUUUCAAUUUCUGCAACUCUACAACUCACUCAUUCAAGAGAACUUACCAAUUGAAAGGAAGAAUAGCCUUAAUUUUGAAAGACUAGAAGUUCAACUUAAGGCAUGCCACUGCAGGAUCAUAUUUUCUAAAGCAAAGCCUUCUGUGUUGGCAUUGUCUAUCAUUGCACUGGAGAUCGAAGCACAGAAGUUUGUAGAGUUAACUGAAGGAAUAGAAUGUCUUCAGAUACAUUCCAAGAUAAAUGGCAGAGAUUUGACCUUCUGGCAAGAACUUGUAUCCAAGUGUUUAACUGAAUAUUCAUCAAACAAGUGUUCCAAAGCCAAUGUUCAGAAGUUGAAAUGGAUUGUUUCUGGACGUACUGCACGGUAAUUGAAGCAUAGUUACUACAGAAUAACCCACCUUCCAACAACUCCUGAAAUGGUCCCUUAAUUGGAUUGUUAUAGUAACAAAGAAGCUCUUCUC